CUCUACUCCAAUUCCUAAAAAAAAAAAAAAUGGAAAAAGAAAGCUGCCUUGGUUCCUCACUCACGAACAAACAAAGCCAUUGAAGCAGCCGGAGUAUCAGCCCAAUCACGGCGUUGCUCACCGGAAAAACAAGAAACCAAAAGACGAGAAAGAGACCUCCGCCGCCACUACCCAACUUCCAAGAAUCUGAAUUACUCAAGAACCAUAGUAAUGAGAGGAAAAGGAAAUCAAAAUCAGGACGAAGAUGAGUAUGAGGAGGAGGAAUUUGGUUCCAGAAAAGAUGGACCUUCUUCGACUCUUGCUAAUAACAACAACAACAAUAAUACUAACAGUAACAAAGAUUUGUAUCUGGAGACCAGAUGGGAAGAAUAGUGAUAAGGCUAAUGCAAUGAGAUCAAAACAUUCAGUUACUGAGCAGCGGAGGAGGAGCAAGAUCAAUGAGAGAUUUCAGAUAUUGAGAGAUCUUAUACCUCAUAGUGAUCAAAAGAGAGAUACAGCAUCAUUUCUAUUGGAGGUGAUUGAAUAUGUGCAGUACUUACAGGAAAAGGUGCAAAAAUAUGAGGGUUCGUACCAGGGUUGGACUUCUGAGCCGACUAAGUUAAUGCCAUGGAGAAAUAGUCACUGGCGUGUUCAAAGUUUCAUGGGUCACCCACAAACAGUAAAAAAUGGUUCUGGUCCAGGGUUAACAUUUCCAGGAAAAUUUGAUGAAAAUAACAUUGCCAUCAGCCCUAGCAUGCUUACAAGUACACAGAAUCUAGUAGAACCAGACACUAGCAGGGAUAUUGCUUCCAAAGGAAUGGAACGGCAACCUGAAUUAGCAAACAAGGUUAUGCCUCUGCCCAUGUCCUUGCAGACGACCAUGCCUACUCCUGUUCAAAGUGAUGGUGUUGUUGCAAAUCCUCUUCAGCAAUCAGUCUCUGGUGUUCAUUUGGCUGACUUUCCUGUGUCUGGUGAUGCACCUAACCAGCAGGAGAAGGUGCCGAUUGAAGGGGGGACUAUCAGCAUUUCAAGCGUGUACUCUCAAGGGUUGUUCAACAGUCUUACACAAGCAUUGCACAGCGCUGGUGUUGAUUUAUCACAAGCCAAUAUCUCCGUACAGAUUGAUCUUGGAAAGAGGGCAAAUAGAGGGCUGACAUCUGGAACAUCAACUGCUAAGGACCCCCGAUCUAGCAAUCAAGCAGCAAUGCGUCUUAGGGAUAUGAGCAGUGGAGAGCACUUUGAUCAGGCUCAAAAGCGGCUGAAGACAUGAUAGUAGUAUGGAUUUUUGUGUCUUCCUAUUUAAUCUGUUUCUCUCUCUUCUUUCAUCUGCUAUUUCCUUUUCUUUUUUCUUCUUUACUUUGGUGUAAAUGCUAUCUAUGUUUUGGUUUCUUGAACUCUUAACAGUAUUCCUUGAGAUUCAAGUUUAGAGCUUUUGCCGUAGACGUUGUGUUCUCUAUGGGGUUUCCUCCAGAUCUCUGAUGGGGAAAUGCCAUUGCCUGUAUCAUCCUUGUAUUAUACAUAUUGAUCUAAUAUAUAUAUAUAUAAAUGGAUGGAGAAUUUUGGGGGGUUAUCCUUGUAGCA